GCGUCUUAGUAGCCGAGCUCUCGUAAGUCAUUGUCAAACCGGCGAGAAGAAUAAUCGAAAAUGGCAAAAGUCGGCAUUAACGGAUUCGGACGAAUCGGACGCAUAGUGUUACGAGUUUCCCUCGAAAGAGGAGCGACGGUUGUGGCCAUCAAUGAUCCCUUCCUGAAUCCCGAAUACAUGGUUUACCUUUUCAAACACGAUUCAACUCACGGCAAAUUCCAGGGUUGCGUCAGCACCGACGGCAAAAACCUCUUUGUCAACGGUACGCAGAUAUGGGUGUUCACAGAGCGGGACCCGAAACUAAUCCCUUGGGGUAAAGUUGGGGCCGAUUACGUGGUCGAGUCAACUGGAGUAUUCACGUCGAUAGAGAAAGCGUCUCAACACCUAGACGGCGGUGCCAAGAAGGUGAUUAUCUCCGCACCGUCACCAGACGCACCGAUUUACGUGGUGGGAGUGAACCAGCACAAAUAUAACCCGUCGGAAAACGUAGUUUCCAAUGCGUCCUGCACCACCAAUUGUUUGGCACCGCUGGCCAAAAUUAUCCACGACAAUUUCGAAAUAGUGGAAGGUUUGAUGACCACCGUUCACGCCACUACCGCCACUCAAAAAACGGUGGACGGUCCCUCGGGGAAGUUGUGGAGGGAUGGUCGCGGAGCAGGGCAGAAUAUCAUUCCUGCGACCACCGGCGCUGCCAAGGCCGUCACCAAAGCUAUCCCAGAGUUGGAAGGGAAACUAACCGGAAUGGCGUUCCGGGUGCCGGUACCGAAUGUUUCGGUUGUGGACUUGACCGCGAGACUCGGCAAAUCUGCCAGCAUGGAACAAAUCAAAGCCAAGAUAAAGGAAGCGUCCGAAACAUAUAUGAAGGGAGUGGUUGGGUAUACAGAGGAGGAGAUUGUGUCUACCGAUAUUAACGGCGAUUCACGCAGCUGCGUGUUUGACGCUCUAGCUGGCAUCUCCCUCAACGAUAAAUUUGUCAAAUUAAUUGCCUGGUACGACAACGAAUAUGGAUAUUCGUGCAGGAUUAUCGAUUUGAUAAAUUACAUACACAGUCAAUAAAUAUACCGUUCGACGCAUGAUAAAUCAUAGGUUCGGUUUGUGUUUGGAUAAGUUUUCGAAUUCUGGAAACAGGCACCUCGUACUAUGCGCUGUAUCAAAUUCGAUCGGUAAUAAAGGAUUUUUUUGCUGUUAU